UCCCAAACCACCACCACCACUACUUUUUCAUCACACAAAAGUCUCUACAUUCACAAUGGCCCGAACGAAACAAACAGCUCGUAAAUCUACUGGAGGAAAGGCACCUCGUAAACAAUUGGCAGCCAAGUCUUCUGCUCGCAAGUCUACUGCAGCAGCUGCUGGAGGAGUGAAGAAGCCUCAUCGAUUCAGGCCUGGAACAGUUGCUCUUCGUGAAAUCCGAAGAUAUCAAAAGUCGACGGAGUUGUUGAUUAGAAAGCUUCCUUUCCAACGACUUGUUCGUGAAAUUGCCCAAGACUUCAAGACUGAUUUGCGAUUCCAAUCGUCUGCUGUUAUGGCUCUUCAAGAAGCUGCUGAGGCAUAUCUUGUCUCGCUGUUUGAAGAUACGAAUUUGGCAGCUAUUCAUGCGAAGCGUGUUACUAUUCAACCCAAGGAUCUUGCCCUUGCCCGUCGUCUCCGUGGGGAAAGAACAUAGAGCUGUUUUUUAGUCGUUUCUUAUCAUUAUUCUCGCAUUCUCUAUUGUACUUGCAUUUGUAUCUUUCAUAACACGACCUACUCCAUUCCACAUCUUACAUUGUGCGAGUUCAACCAGGC